AUGGCACAAUCGGAACCUAAUGGACUGUUUGCGAUGGUGGAACUCAACUACCAAGUGGUAUUUAAUCGAAAUCCUUUCUCUUACACUGGUGGUGUUAAAACCAUCUUCAAUGAUGUUGACUUUUCUUCUAUGACUUAUUCUGAGUUUGUGACCUUCUGCGAACGUUUCAUGCAUGAAGAGUGUAAAGAAUUUUACUACUGUGAACCAGACAUGUCCCUGAUGGAAGGGCUUAAUCCCAUUUCAGAUGAUGUGGAAUAUUCUGCUUUUAUUUUUGAUGCUUAUGGAAUAGAUGGUGUAAUUUCGGUUUAUGUGGAUCAUAUUGGGACAUUAAAUGAUCCUUUCUUGAGUAAGUUAUGCGUUGAUGAUGAUGAUGCAAACAACAUUGUAGAUGGUGACAAUGGGAGAGAAGUUGAAGUUAACAUACAAACUCAUUCCAUAUUUAAUGAGCUAUUACACUGGAAAAAACAAAAACCAAUUCUAAGAAUGAGAUUUAAGGGUCCAGGGCAAGUAAAAUCAAUGUUGUGUAACUAUGCUGUAGCUAAUGGAUAUGAAUUGUGUUUUGAAAAAAAAUGA